CAAUACUUGUCUUUGAGCUCAAGAAAUAUAGUUUACUAAAAGGCUGGGUUUUUCUGGAUUUCUUACUCCCAAACCGAUACAAGAUCGAAGCUUUGCCUUCUGUUUCUUCGAAAAUCUACCAUGGCUGCUCUACAAUACCUUGAAUCGCAGAAAAAUGCGCACCCAGAGCUUGGUGAGUGGUACAAUUCGCUCGCAGAUCUGUACCAGAAGAAGCUCUGGCAUCAGCUCACUCUUAAGCUCGAGCAGUUCAUCGCUCUCUCUGUCUUUCAGGCUGGAGAUGCUUUAAUACAGCUUUACAACAAUUUCAUCACUGACUUUGAGACGAGGAUCAAUCUUCUGAAGCUUGCGCAUUUCGCUGUUGUAGUCUCCCGACAGUAUCCUGAGAAAGAAGCUGCAGUUAGUUAUCUUGAAGGAGUGAUUGAGAAGCUUAAAGCUACUAAAGAGUCAAGGAUAAAUGAACCAAUUAGCUAUAUAGAAACACAAAUAGCUUUGUUCAAGCUUGAGCAAGGUGACCAGAAGGAGUGCAAGAAAAUCUUGGACGAUGGAAAAAGCCUGCUUGAUAGUAUGACUGACAUUGAUCCAUCAGUUUAUGCCAACUUCUUUUGGGUCUCUUCUCAGUACCAUAAAGUCCGUCAAGAGUUCUCUGAGUUCUAUAAAAAUGCUCUUCUUUACCUCGCUUAUACGUCUGUGGACUCACUCUCGGAAUCAUUUAAGCUGGAUUUGGCUUUUGAUUUGUCGCUUUCAGCUCUACUUGGGGAGAAUAUCUAUAACUUUGGGGAACUGUUAGCCCAUCCAAUUUUGAAAAGUCUGCUUGGAACAAAUGUGGAAUGGCUUUACCACAUUCUACAAGCAUUCAACCACGGAGAUUUAGUUCAGUACCAAGAACUCUGUCGUGUGCACAAUGCAUCGUUGAGUGCUCAACCAGCACUGGUUGAGAAUGAGAAGAAACUAUUAGAGAAGAUCAACAUUCUCUGCCUUAUUGAGAUCAUUUUCAGCCGACCUGCUGAAGAUAGGACCAUACCUUUGAGUGUCAUUGCCGAGCGUACUAAACUUUCAAUCGAAGAUGUUGAGCACCUUCUCAUGAAGAGCUUAUCGGUGAGUACCUUUUUCUUUCCUCUCUCUUUCUCUCUAUCUCAUUCUAUCAGUAACAUUAAAAAUCUAAAGAAGAUUGGCAAGACGCAGACUCGAAAUCUUCUUGAAUGUGUGAUUCUGUAUUGGUUGAUUGUGAAAACUGAGGAGAAUGAGUUAUUGCAGGUGCACUUGAUAGAGGGAAUACUAGAUCAGGUGAAUGGAACAGUUUACGUCUCAUGGGCGCAACCGAGGGUGUUAGGAAUACCGCAGAUCAAGUCAUUGAGGGAUCAGCUAGACAGCUGGGUCGAUAAGGUUCACACCACAUUGUUAUCUGUUGAGGCCGAGACACCUGAUCUUGUUGCAGCUUAAACUCUUCUUUCCUCUUUUUUCCUUCACUGUUCGUUUAAGCUACAGAUUGUAACAUUCUCUGAGGAUUAAAUGCAACUUCCUUUUAAGUUUUUAGGUAUUACAGUUAUACUUUUGAACUUUGUUCUCCACAGACACAUGAAUCUAUCCUAUUAAGUUGAGUUUCAUCGUUAGUGUUGCCUUUAAGGCUUAAGCCUAUUUGCA